AUGUGGACCAAUUUCCUUAUAUUGUUCUUUGUAAAGACAGAGUUAAUGGUGAAGGCUUGUGCAGAAAUAGUCAACGAGCUAAUUACUGCACAUGAGAACAAUAAAGACGUUAAUCUCAAUGGCUUGAAGACUAAAUACUCGAAGAGGAAUAAAUUAAAUAAUCAACCUAAAUUGGUCGAUAUAAUAGCUGCCAUACCUGAAGCAUACAAGAAGGCACUCUUACCAAAGUUAAAAGCUAAACCUGUGAGAACAGCAAGUGGUAUUGCAGUGGUAGCAGUGAUGUGUAAACCGCACCGAUGCCCGCAUAUUGCAAUGACAGGCAACGUCUGUGUUUACUGUCCAGGUGGUCCCGAUUCAGAUUUUGAAUAUUCUACUCAAUCCUAUACUGGCUAUGAGCCCACAAGUAUGCGAGCUAUCCGUGCACGAUAUCAUCCGUUAGAGCAAGCCAAAGGUCGAAUCGAUCAAUUGAAAAGUUUAGGUCAUGACGUAGACAAGGUAGAAUACAUCAUCAUGGGUGGCACGUUUAUGUCGUUACCAGAGGAUUACAAAAACUGGUUUAUUGCGAAUUUGCAUAAUGCAUUAUCGGGCCACGCAACUGAUGACGUCGAUGAAUCUGUGAGAUUUUCAGAGCAGAGUCAGACAAAAUGUAUCGGAAUUACUAUUGAAACACGGCCUGAUUACUGCCUCAAACCUCACUUGAGCCAGAUGCUCCGAUAUGGAUGUACUCGUCUAGAGAUAGGCGUCCAGAGCAUUUAUGAAGAUGUUGCACGUGAUACCAACAGAGGGCAUACUGUCAAAGCUGUAACGGAAUCAUUUCAAUUAGCAAAAGAUUCAGGGUUUAAAGUGGUUGCUCACAUGAUGCCAGAUUUACCAAAUGUCGGCAUGGAAAGGGAUUUAGAGCAAUUUAAGGAAUACUUUGAGAACCCAGCCUUUCGUACUGAUGGUCUGAAAAUUUAUCCAACUUUGGUUAUCAGAGGCACAGGGCUUUAUGAACUUUGGCGAACGGGAAGAUACAAAAACUAUGCACCUGCUGCGCUUGUUGACCUUAUUGCUAGAAUACUAGCUCUCGUUCCUCCAUGGACACGAAUAUAUAGAGUACAGCGCGAUAUUCCAAUGCCACUGGUAACAUCGGGCGUUGAGCAUGGAAACCUACGUGAACUAGCGCUGAACAGGAUGAAAGAUCUUGGAAUUGAAUGUCGAGAUGUUAGGACAAGGGAAGUCGGAAUUGUCGACAUACAUAACAAAGUUCGACCCGAAGAGGUUGAAUUAAUUCGGCGUGACUACGUUGCUAAUGAUGGAUGGGAGACUUUCCUAUCAUAUGAAGACACUCAACAGGAUAUUCUAAUUGGCCUUCUUCGCCUACGCAAAUGUUCUUCAGCUACAUUCCGACCAGAGCUCACAACUACACCAACGUCCAUCAUUAGGGAGUUACACGUAUAUGGAUCGGUUGUUCCGAUGCAUAACCGUGACCCUACCAAGUUUCAACAUCAAGGUUUUGGAACUCUACUGAUGGAAGAAGCAGAGAGAAUAGCAAAAGAAGAACACGGAAGCAAGAAAAUUAGUGUUAUUAGUGGAAUUGGAGUUAGAAAAUAUUAUUCAAAAUUGGGAUACUAUUUAGACGCUCAAUUCUCUUUUGCAAUCGCAGCAUUCUUAGCCAUGUCUUCAUUAUGGUAUGAUCCACUUAUCGACAGAGGCCUAAUUCCUGACAGAAUAUUAGCCAUGGCCAUACGCAUCAUGCUACGCGAUAGGCUGGCCAAUCUCGAAUGUGGAAACGUUCAGAAGAACCAAGAAGAAAAAAUGGUUUUUGCAGAGACGUUGAGAGAGAGUCCGAUAGCGGUUGAGACUGAUAAAGCCAACCAACAACACUAUGAAGUUACUACUGAAUUCAUGCAAUUGUCUCUUGGAAGUAGGAUGAAAUAUUCCUGUUGCCUAUUUCCAACAGGCAAAGAGUCUCUUGAUGAGGCGGAAGAAUUGAUGCUUCAGGCGUAUUGUGAGAGGGCUCAAUUGGAAGAUGGAAUGAACAUGCUUGAUUUAGGAUGUGGAUGGGGGAGUCUAUGUCUAUAUUUAUGUGAGAAAUACCCAAGUGCAAAAGUCACAGCAUUGUCAAAUUCAGCUUCACAAAAAAUAUAUAUUGAAACUAUUGCAAAGCAAAAAGGUUUUGACAACCUGACUGUAAUAACUGCAAAUAUAGUAGAUUUUUCUUUUGAUGACAACAAAGAAUUUGACAGAAUACUGUCAAUUGAAAUGUUUGAACAUAUGAAAAAUUAUGAAUUUCUCAUUGAGAAAGUCUCAAAAUGGUUAAAACCAAAUGGAUUGCUAUUUGUUCACGUUUUCUGUCACAAAGACAAGGCAUAUGGAUUUGUGCCAGGUGAUGGUUGGAUGGGAACAUAUUUCUUUACAGGUGGAACAAUGCCAUCAAAGGAUUUGCUUCUCUAUUUUCAAAAAGAUCUUUAUCUGAAGAAGCACUGGGUAGUCAAUGGGCAACACUAUGGACAAACAGCAAAAGAAUGGCUCAAAGUAUUAGAUAAGAAUAAGAAGGCUUCACUUCCUAUUCUGGCUCAAACAUAUGGAACUGAAAAUGCAACAGCGUGGUUUAACAGAUGGAGAACAUUUUAUUUGGCUGUUGCUACAAUGUUCAAUUAUAAUCAUGGUGAUGAAUGGUUUGUUAGUCAUUAUCUUUUUGAAAGAAAAAAAUAA